UUUUUCCAGAAUCCAAUAAUUAAUUUUCGAUACAAAUUAAAAGAUGUCUGAAGAAGUAUUCAGCUUCAAUGCCGACUUGCAGCAAUUGAUGAGUUUGAUCAUCAAUACUUUCUACUCAAACAAAGAGAUCUUCUUGAGAGAGAUCUUGUCCAAUGCCUCAGAUGCUUUGGAUAAGAUGAGAUACAAGGGAAUCACUGAGCCAGAAGCUUUGGAAUCAAAUCCAGAUUUGAAAAUCCAGCUAAUUCCAGAUAAGAGCAACAACACCCUGACUAUAUUUGAUAGUGGUAUUGCUAUGACCAAGUCUGAGCUUAUCAACAACCUCGGUACCAUCGCCAAAUCAGGCACCAAGGCUUUCAUGGAGGCUGUUUCCCAAGGAGCUGACUUGUCAAUGAUCGGUCAGUUCGGUGUCGGAUUCUACUCAACCUACCUAGUUGCUGAAAGAGUCACUGUCGUUUCAAAGUCCAACGACGACGACCAAUACAGAUGGGAGUCUAACGCUGGAGGUACCUUCACUAUCAAUAAGGAUGACAGUGAGGACCUCAAGAGAGGAACCAAGAUCAUCCUCCACUUGAAGGAAGACCAGCUAGAAUUCCUUGAAGAGAAGAGACUUAAGGAUCUCGUCAAGAAGCACUCAGAGUUCAUUGGCUUCCCAAUCGAACUUCUCUGCGAGAAGACCACUGAGAAGGAGAUCACUGAGUCUGAUGACGACGACGAUGACGAGAAGAAAGAAGACGAGAAGAAGGACGAGAAGAAGGAAGGAGAAGGCGACGAACCAAAAGUCGAAGAGGAAGAGAAGAAAGAGAAAGAAAAGAAGAAAAAGAAGAUUAAAGAAGUUUCUCACGAAUAUGAGCAGUUGAACAAGACCAAGCCUUUGUGGAUGAAGAAGCCAGAGGAAGUCACUAAGGAAGAGUAUGCCUCUUUCUAUAAAUCUAUCUCUAAUGACUGGGAGGAGCACCUCGGUGUUAAGCACUUUUCAGUAGAGGGACAGCUUGAGUUCAAGGCUCUCCUCUUCGUUCCAAAGAGAGCUCCAUUCGAUCUUUUUGAAUCCAAGAAGAAGAAGAACAACAUUAAAUUGUAUGUCAGAAGAGUCUUCAUCAUGGAUGAUUGUGAUGAACUCAUUCCAGAAUGGCUCGGAUUCAUUAAGGGAGUUGUUGAUAGUGAUGAUCUCCCAUUGAACAUCUCAAGAGAGACCCUCCAACAAAACAAGGUCUUGAAGGUAAUCAGAAGAUCUAUCAUCAAGAAGUGUCUCGAAAUGUUCGCUGAGCUCUCUGAGAACCAAGAAGACUACAAGAAGUUCUAUGAACAAUUCUCGAAGAACAUCAAGUUGGGUGUCCAUGAAGAUUCCAACAACAGGACUAAGUUGGCUGAACUCUUGAGAUAUCACUCAACCAAGAGCGGAGACGAUCUCGUCUCAUUCAAGGAAUACGUUUCUAGAAUGAAGGAGGGACAGAAGUCUAUUUACUACAUUACUGGAGAAUCCAUUGCUGCCGUCUCUAAAUCUCCAUUCAUUGAAGGAUUAAAGAAGAGAGGAUUGGAAGUGCUCUUCCUCGUAGAUCCAAUCGAUGAGUACGCUGUCCAGCAACUCAAGGAAUACGACGGAAAGAAACUUGUUUCAGUAACCAAGGAAGGACUGGACCUCGAAGAGACUGAAGAAGAAAAGAAGAAAAAGGAAGAAGAGAAAGCUAAAUUCGAAGCUCUCUGCAAACUAAUGAAAGAUGUUCUCGGAGACAAGGUCGAAAAGGUCCAACUCGGAUCCAGAAUUGAAGACUCCCCAUGCGUCCUCGUCACCAGUGAGAACGGAUGGAGUGCUAACAUGGAAAGAAUCAUGAAAGCCCAAGCUUUAAGAGAUAACUCCAUGACCUCUUACAUGAUUUCCAAGAAGACUAUGGAAGUCAACUCCAAGCAUCCAAUCAUUGAUGAGCUUAGAAAGAAGGCUGAGCAAGACCAGGGAGACAAGACCGUGAAGGAUUUGAUCUGGCUUCUCUAUGAGACCUCUCUCCUGACCUCUGGAUUCUCUCUUGAAGAGUCUACCACCUUUGCCGGAAGAAUCCACAGAAUGAUCAAAUUGGGUCUCUCCAUCUAUGACGAUGAUAAGGAAGACGAAGAUGAUGACCUACCAGAUCUCGUAGACGACGGAGAUGCUGAUGGUGAUGAUGAAGCCACCAAAAUGGAAGAAGUCGACUAAUCUCCCUAAUUGUAUCUAACUUUGAAAAAUCCAUAUUUGUUUUAGCAGAAAAUUAAUUUUCUUUCAGUU